AUGUGAACAAAGACAGAACCCGGGUGGGAUGGGAGGGAAAGGCCUAUAAAAGUGGUGCAGGAGAGCACAGCAGAACCCAUCUCAGACCAAGUCAAACUUCCCUCUUAUCCAUCUUUUCUUCACAUCUCCUCUGGAAUCUCAUCAUGGAUAUUCCCAUCCAGUAUCCCUGGUACCGCCGGGUCUUUCCACAUCGACUCACUGACCUGACCUCCUUGGCAGAACCUCUGACUGACUGGCCCCUUUUCUGGUCCUUCCCCUGGAUCCGCCCUUCACUCAUGAGCUGGCUCAACUGGUCUGACAAUGGCCACGGUGAGAUGAUCACCAAAAAGGAUUCCUACGUCAUUUAUCUGGAUGUGAAGCAUUUCUCCCCUGACGAGCUGUCUGUCAGCGUCAGCGACGAGUUCAUCACAAUACACGCCAAGCACGAAGACAGACAGGACAACCACGGCUUUGUGUCAAGAGAGUUUCUGAGAAAGUACAGGCUUCCUGCUGCUGUGUCAGUUGCUGAUGUCACCUCCAGUCUGUCAGUCGAUGGCAUGCUCACAAUCACUGUACCUCGCCCGUCUCCCGGCACAGAGCACACUAUUCCUAUUUCCUACGAAGAUGGUACACAGAAACAGAAAAUGUAGAGCACAGCCUGAUGCUGUUUCACUGCUAACGCGUGCUGCUGUUACAUCGUUGUUGCCAGUUCAUUACGCAUAUACUAUAGGUGGGGCUUACAGAUCUCGAUGUCUAUAAGUGCAAGUGCUUUCUAAUAAACUAGUGUCUAAUUCAUAAUUCACUGUUAUUCUAAUGUCUCUGCAAGAUAAUUGUGCACGUGUAACAAAGUUUUGAAUAGACACACUGGGAUGAGGUGCAGGAUAGUGAACUUUUGGAGUUAAUUAAUCCAAUAACAACCCAACAGAAUCUCUCUUCGAACCACACCUUUUUGAAAUUCACACCACCAUGCAAGAAAAUGAUACACUGUGCAUGGAGUCAUAAUUUGAUUAACUUUUCUUUAUCAGGCGUCAGAUAUCUGUUAACUGGACACAAACUAGCUUCAAUUACCUCUAAAUUUUACAGGGAAAUGCUACAUUUGGCCACAGAAGAUGACAAGAUGUAACCAUAUCUACACGUUACUGUCUAAGUGGGUAUGUGUAAGAUGCCAACUGUACUUCGAGAACAGUUUAUGUAUGUGCGAGGAGGUUGUGGGGUGUGGGGGGGGUUUGUUCACUGUGAAACAAAAAGCCACAUGGGACCAGGUGUGUACACGUAAAGAAGAAAGAGGGUGAAUGAGCAGAAGGGACAGUCGUAAACAAGAGUGGACACAGAGAGCUUUUAUAUCAGAGGGCUCCUUUUCUGCAGGGGAGCAUGGCCUCUGAGCUGCUAAGGAAGUGUGUGUCUACAUAUGUGUGUGUGUGUGAGAGCGAGUGCAUAUGUGCUUAUAGAUGCGAGAAUUACAGCUAUAUCAUUCCUUAGUUAUGGCAGCAACCAUCUGGCAUAUUAACACAGAAACAAAUAGAAUAAACGAUGAAACUCAAAAACCUUUUUUUAUGUCUGCAGUGUUUCUGUCAAUCAGUGUUUUAUUUUUCUUUGUCAGGUCUGGUCUUACCUCAUAGUCAUCUGACUAAUAUCAGUAUUUAACCCAAAGGACAAACAUAAAAGGAGAAAUUUCAGUUUUUUCAGGAUGUCACCUAAAGAAAUACAGACGAAAAAUGUUAUUUUUUAGCGAUGCAAAUUCUUUAUUGUCCUUUUAUCAAACAUGCAAAUAGUUUUAACACAACAUUGUUACCUCCACUCUGCAUCAUAUCUUAACACCUUCCUUUAAUUUCUCAAUAUAAAUUGGGGAAUUACAGCAGAAAACCAUUUGUGGAAAAAUACAUUCUUCAUCUUUCUUCCAUCUUCAAAA